AGAACACUGCGCAUUCAUCAACAAAAAGUUGAAACUGACAACUUUCUCGCGACAUGGCUUUACUGGCGGGCAUAGGCGCGACAGUGGCCCUAGUGACCAUCUCUCUAUGGUGGUAUCUUCGCAUGCCAUCCCACAUGCCCAAAAAUAUCCCCACAGUUCCAUUCUACGUAUCCAGCAUUGCAUAUUUCAUUGACCUCGGUCAAGAUCAGAUAUAUGACCGCUGGUUGCGCGAACCACUAGAAAAAUAUGGAGCAGUCAAGUUCUGGGUCUCGUCGCAAUGGACUGUGCUUCUUGGAAAGCCAGAGUAUAUCAACGACCUCCUCAGGAAAGAUCAGGUCUUUCCGAAGGCAGGAAAUAAUAACAGGAUUCCCUUCAGCGUUCUUGGUACUUUCCUCGGCAACAACAUCAUUAGCGCCCAGGGGGAGACAUGGAAGCUUUACACCUCGAUCAUGAAGGCUGGUAUUCAAAGGCGGAUCACAGACACCAGUAAGUUGCUGGGGAGGUCAAGGCAGUUGAUCAGAGGACUCCUGGAGGCUCAGAAGGCUGCGGGCAAAAGUUCGGGCAUCGAGAUAGAGUCAUUAGUGCAAAUGUAUACGAUUUUUGUUGUGGGAGAACAUUUCUUUCAAACGGAUUUUGAAAGCCUUGAAUCGAAUGAAGCGGUGAGGCUGGCAAAGUACCAGACAGCCAUUAGGGCCAACGUUUUUUCUCCGCUGUAUUUCAGUUUUCCCAUCCUCGACAAAUAUCCCUAUAUAUUUCGGAGUCGAAAGCGCGCGUUCCGAAUCGUGAAAGAGUACGAGGACCUACUUUACGAAGUUGUUCGGAACCCUCGACCACGGACCGUUUCGCGGGACUCAAGUGCUUCAGGCGAACGACAGGUUAUAGACGACCUCCGAGAAGCCCUCGUCUGCGGGAAAAUCACGGAGACCCAGUUCCGUGCAAAUAUGAAAAUAGUGUUCGUGGCAGGUCACGAAGACGUGCAGCAUCUGCUCGACUCAGCCUUGUAUGAAAUGGGCACCAAAACGGCCGUACAAGAAAAGCUUCGAUUAGAAGUCUUGAAUACAGGGGCCGUCGACCCAACACCGGAAAUAGUUGACAGCUUGCCAUACCUCGCUGCGAUAGUAUUCGAACUUCUGCGCCUUUACCCCCCACUUCAACAGCUCAUCAACCGGAAAGCAUGUCAAACAGCAGUUAUAGGCGACGACAUCGUCAUAUCACCAAACACACUCCUUGGUUGGACUGCACUUGGUGUGCACACCAGCAAAGCAGUGUGGGGCGACGAUGCAAAACAGUUUGUCCCCGAGAGAUGGGGAACCACGGUUGACACAAUACGGGCCAAGUUCCGUAGGGAAAAUGCCCGGGGUGCAUACAUUCCGUUUAACGCACAUGCGCGGAAAUGCCUUGGCCAGGGGUUUGCCUUAUUGCAGAUGAAGAUUAUGUUGUUCGAGUUGGUGAAAAGCGUGGAGUGGAUAUUGGAUCCUAGGUCUAAAAUGAAGCUUGCACGAGGUUUGUUGAAGCCAAUUGGCUGCAAGUAUAUAUUCAAAAAUCGGCCGGGUAUAGAAGCCAAAAGGAACUGAACUCCUUGUUCCCAGGCAGUAACUAUAACCGUUCCGCGCUUUAUUUCGGCACGGGUGGGCUGGGCAAUUGGGAUAUAAGCAAAUAAACGGGGCGGUGGCGGGGAUGGGCGUUGGAGGGCACGGCGCAAUGGAGACAUGUCG